UGUCACUCCGGGGCGUUUUCCCCGGCCGGCUCUCAGCUGGGGCGGAGGAAGAGGCGGCCUGGGCCUGCCGAGCCGUUGCAGUCUCCGCGGCUGCUAUGCCCAGGGUGCGCGGCGCCCUCCGCAGCUCCGCGCAGCGCUAGAGGCGGCCGAGCGCUCGCCGACGCCGCCCGGAUCCCCGGUGCCUCCGCUCUCCCGCUCCCGCAGCUCCCGCGGCUCCUCCGGCGUCGCCUGCGAGGCCAGGCAGAGGCAAGAUGAAGAUGACGGUGGAUUUCGAGGAGUGUCUGAAGGACUCGCCCCGCUUCAGGGCUGCCUUGGAAGAAGUAGAGGGAGAUGUGGCAGAGCUGGAACUAAAACUCGAUAAGCUCGUGAAGCUUUGUAUCGCAAUGAUCGACACCGGCAAAGCCUUUUGUGUGGCAAAUAAACAGUUCAUGAAUGGGAUCCGAGACCUGGCACAGUAUUCUAGUAAUGACGCGGUGGUUGAGACAAGUUUGACCAAGUUUUCUGACAGUCUUCAAGAAAUGAUAAAUUUUCACACAAUCCUGUUUGACCAAACGCAGAGAUCAAUUAAGGCACAGCUUCAGAACUUCGUUAAAGAAGAUCUUAGAAAAUUCAAAGAUGCCAAGAAACAAUUUGAAAAAGUCAGCGAAGAAAAGGAAAACGCACUAGUGAAAAACGCCCAAGUUCAAAGGAACAAGCAGCAUGAAGUGGAGGAGGCCACAAACAUCCUCACGGCCACGAGGAAGUGCUUCCGGCACAUAGCCCUGGACUACGUCCUUCAGAUUAAUGUGCUUCAAUCAAAGAGGAGAUCAGAAAUCCUGAAAUCAAUGCUGUCCUUCAUGUAUGCACAUCUGGCCUUCUUCCAUCAAGGGUAUGACCUGUUCAGUGAGCUUGGGCCCUACAUGAAGGACCUUGGAGCACAGUUGGAUCGACUGGUUGUGGAUGCAGCAAAGGAGAAAAGAGAGAUGGAGCAGAAACACUCUACUAUCCAGCAGAAGGACUUCUCCAGUGAUGAUUCCAAGCUAGAGUAUAAUGUAGACGCAGCGAAUGGCAUUGUCAUGGAAGGGUAUCUCUUCAAGCGGGCCAGCAAUGCUUUCAAAACGUGGAACAGACGCUGGUUCUCCAUACAGAACAACCAGUUGGUUUACCAGAAAAAGUUCAAGGACAGCCCCACCGUGGUGGUGGAAGACCUCAGACUGUGCACCGUGAAGCAUUGCGAGGACAUAGAGCGGCGCUUCUGCUUCGAGGUGGUCUCUCCAACCAAAAGUUGUAUGCUCCAGGCCGAUUCGGAAAAGCUUCGCCAGGCCUGGAUCAAGGCAGUUCAGACCAGCAUUGCCACCGCCUACAGAGAGAAGGGCGAUGAGUCCGAGAAGCUGGAUAAAAAGUCAUCUCCAUCAACAGGAAGCCUAGAUUCUGGAAACGAGUCAAAGGAGAAGUUACUGAAAGGGGAAAGCGCACUGCAGCGUGUCCAGUGUAUCCCUGGCAACAGCAGCUGCUGUGACUGUGGUCUGGCAGACCCACGGUGGGCCAGCAUCAACUUGGGCAUUACCUUGUGUAUUGAGUGCUCUGGGAUUCAUCGGAGUCUUGGGGUUCAUUUUUCGAAAGUACGAUCCUUAACUUUAGACACUUGGGAGCCUGAGCUUUUAAAGCUUAUGUGUGAAUUGGGAAAUGAUGUUAUAAAUCGUGUUUAUGAAGCUAAACUGGACAAAAUGGGAAUAAAGAAACCACAGCCAGGACAAAGACAGGAGAAAGAGGCAUAUAUCAGAGCAAAAUAUGUGGAGAGGAAAUUUGUGGAUAAAUACUCCAUGGCAUCAUCACCUUCUGAGCAGGAGAAAAGGGUUAUCUCCAAAAGCUGCGAGGAGCAGAGGCUGAGCCAAGUCAGAGCAUCUGUCCACACCGCAGUCAAAAGUAACGACAGUGGGAUCCAGCAAGGCUCUGACGAUGGACGGGAGUCUCUACCUUCCACCGUGUCAGCCAAUAGCUUGUAUGAGCCUGAAGGAGAACGGCAAGAGUCUUCUGUGUUUCUGGACUCUAAACAUCUUAAUCCAGGACUUCAACUUUAUAGGGCUUCAUACGAAAAAAACCUUCCCAAAAUGGCUGAGGCUCUGGCUCAUGGUGCAGAUGUGAACUGGGCUAAUUCAGAUGAGGACCAAGCAACAGCACUCAUCCAGGCUGUUCUGGGGGGCUCUUUGGUGACGUGUGAGUUCCUCUUACAGAAUGGUGCUAAUGUGAACCAAAGAGACGUCCAAGGGCGGGGCCCGCUGCACCAUGCCACUGUCUUAGGACACACAGGGCAGGUAUGUUUAUUCCUGAAGCGAGGUGCCAAUCAACACGCCACUGAUGAGGAGGGGAAGGACCCCUUGAGUAUCGCUGUGGAAGCAGCCAAUGCCGACAUAGUGACCUUGUUACGUUUAGCAAGAAUGAAUGAAGAAAUGCGGGAAUCAGAAGGACUUUAUGGACAGCCAGGUGAUGAAACUUACCAGGACAUCUUUCGUGAUUUUUCUCAAAUGGCAUCAAAUAAUCCAGAGAAACUCAAUCGUUUCCAGCAAGAUUCACAGAAGUUCUGAGCCUUUUAAGAGGGGAAACUAUGAAAUUUGGUGAAUUCCUAAUGUGUACAACCAAAAUCUCACCCCCCCCCUUUUUUUUUUACUGCUUUAAUUCUGCUUGAUUUUGGUGGACAUUGAAUUGUUUGGAAAAAAUGGUACCCAUUCAUUGGUAUUUUUGAAAAUGAAAACAGAUCUUUCAUAACUGGGAAAGGGAGAAAUCCACUAUAGUUCUUCUUUUAUUU